CGUAUCCAUUCUCCGACAAAAAAGUUGUCCUAAACACCUUCUUCACACGCCGCGUACGCGUUCACCACGAUACUUAUCUUCUUCAAAGGAUUGGUAGAGAGUAGAGAGAGUGUAAAACAUGCCCAAACAGACUUAUUACAACGUAUGCUUCUGCUUCCGCCGCCGCUUCAGGCUCCCCGUGACGGAGGCCCCGCCGGAGAUAAGGACCCUUUACGACCGUUACUCCGACGAGAAUGGCGUCAUGACAGCUUCUCACCUCCAAAGUUUCCUUGUUGAGGUGCAGAGGGAAGAGAAUACCACUGAGGAGGAAGCACAAGCCAUCAUUGAUGGCCACAAGCAUCUCAGUAUCUUUCACCGACAGGGUCUCAAUCUCGAGAGCUUCUUCAACUAUCUCUUCAGUCCCAAUAACCCGCCUCUCUCACCUUCUCCUCGGGUGUACCAAGAUAUGACUUCACCUUUGUCUCAUUACUUCAUUUAUACGGGUCAUAAUUCCUAUCUAACUGGGAACCAGCUUAGCAGUGACUGCAGUGAAGCCCCCAUCGUGAAAGCACUUCAGAGAGGUGUAAGGGUGAUUGAAUUGGAUAUAUGGCCUAAUGCAUCAAAAGAUGAUGUGGAUGUUCUUCACGGAAGGACUUUAACAUCUCCGGUAGCGCUCAUCAAAUGUUUGAGGUCUAUUAAGCAGCAUGCUUUUGAUGCCUCAGAAUAUCCAGUUGUAAUAACGUUAGAGGACCACCUUACUCCCGAUCUUCAGGCCAAAGUGGCUGAGAUGAUUACUCAAACAUUUGGAGACAUGCUAUUUUGUCCUAGCUCAGAAAGCUUGAAGGAAUUUCCUUCUCCCGAAUCACUUAAAAGGAGGAUUAUUAUAUCAACCAAACCGCCAAAGGAGUACCUUGAGGCAAAAGAAGCACAAGAAAGGGAGGAGGGACCACUAAAGGGAAAGCCGGCAGAUGAUGAAGAAGCAUGGGGGAAGGAAGUUCCUAGUUUGAGAGGUGGCACUAUCUCUGAUUACAAGAACAUUGGGGAUGAAGACGAUCUUGAUGAUGAGGAUGAUAUUGAUGAAGCAGCAAAGUCACGUCAAAACACAUCAGACGAAUACAGACGUUUAAUUGCCAUUCAUGCUGGGAAGCCUAAAGGUGGGUUAGAGGAAUGUCUCAAAGUGGAUCCUGAUAAAGUGAGACGUCUAAGUUUAAGUGAGCUACAGCUUGAAAAGGCUGCUGAAACUCAUGGAAAAGAAAUUGUGAGGUUUACUCAACGGAAUAUGCUGAGAGUGUACCCAAAAGGUACUCGCAUUACCUCGACAAAUUAUAACCCAUUGAUUGGGUGGAUGCAUGGAGCUCAAAUGGUUGCGUUUAACAUGCAGGGCUAUGGGAGAUCUCUUUGGUUGAUGCAUGGAAUGUUCAAAGCCAAUGGCGGAUGUGGUUAUGUUAAAAAACCAGAUUUUCUAUUAAAGACUGGUCCCAAUAAUGAGGUCUUUGAUCCUAAAGCUCAUUUGCCUGUGAUGACUACUUUGAAGGUGACUAUAUAUAUGGGGGAAGGAUGGUUUCACGAUUUCAAGCACACGCACUUUGAUCAAUUCUCACCCCCUGACUUCUAUGCAAGAGUGGGGAUUGCUGGAGUCCCUGAUGACACGGUUAUGAAAAAAACUAAGAGUGUAGAGGAUAAUUGGUUGCCUUCAUGGAAUGAGGUAUUUGAGUUCCCACUCACUGUUCCAGAACUGGCUCUACUUCGUGUAGAAGUUCAUGAGUAUGACAUGUCUGAGAAGGAUGACUUUGGUGGCCAAACGUGCUUACCUGUGUGGGAACUAAGAAGUGGAAUUAGAGCAGUUCCACUAUAUUCCCGCAGAGAAGAUAAGUAUAACAGUGUGAAGCUUCUCAUGCGCUUUGAAUUCAUUUGAAUUUGUGCAUGCUUCUGCUUCAUGUUUUGUACAGUCAUUACAAUGUUAUGGUAAGAGUUUGUAUGUAGCUGUGUAAUAUUGUAAAUGUUGCUUAUUUUGAAAGAUACUUUUUAUUUAUUUUGUCUUUUACUGAAAAUAUAUCUAAGGGAGUGAGUGAGACUAGUGUAUGGGGAUACUGAUGUAUUGGGAAGUGAGAGAGCUGUCAUUUGUGUAACUGUGUUGUAACUUGUAAGGCUUCGUAUUCUGAUAUUCAAUUUAUAUAGUAUAAACCAGAGGGCUUUGGUUUGAAAGGCUGGCUAAUUAGUAGUUUUUCAUU